AUGGCUGCCACUCCCAUUCUCGACCAAUUCCUCGGCAGCGUGGCCGAUCUGAUUCAGAAACGUGAUGGAGCCAAACUACAAGACUUCCUUCAGAUUGAGCCGCCCCUUUCAGACAUCUAUCAGCAGAUGAUUACAGAGUUGCGCCAGCGAUACCCACCUGGCUCCCAGAGCGACACCGUGCUUCAGCAGCGCUGCGAAGUCUUGGUCCCGAAGACCAAGGGUGGUUCGUCAUGGUCGGCUUUUCCCACAUUUAUGCGACUUUACUUCACCUUCAUGCGUGAUGUGAAUGUCGAAAACCUACUCGAGACCUACAACCUACUGAAGACGCUCUUAAAUCAAUGUGUUCUCGCCCUUGGUGAUAGUCAAAUGGGAGUUGUGGUUCUCCCCACCGUCUUGUACCUGUCUAAGGUAUUGGCAAAAUUAGCCAUGGGAUUGGACCGGCGCCCCGAAUUGAUCGCCCAUAUUCUCCGGAUGGAAGGUGGGAAUGAUCAGGAAAGCGUUGAGAAAGUUACUCUAGUGGAAAAAUCGGCCAAUGUGGUGCGCGAGGCUUUCAUCAAAUGUCUGACCGACCGCAGCGGCACGCCAGGCCCGCAGGCGAAGCCUGAGGGCAAGAGGAAGGGGAUAUAUUUGAUGGCAAACUUUGUGGAAAACUGCGCAAUGCUGAGCAGAUGUUUUCCAGUAUCAGUGCCCAAUCUCCCCCCACUGGCUCACUUUCCCGCCUCGCAGCGUGUCACAUAUCUCUACUACCUCGGCCGUUAUCUUUUCUCCAACAACCUCUUCUACCCCGCACAAAUCGCCUUACAGUCUGCCUACGACCAAUGCCAUCGUGAAGCACUUAGCCAGCGAAACUUGAUCCUCACAUAUCUGAUUCCGUGCAACAUCAUCAUGGGACGGUUUCCAGCGCGACAACUUCUACAACGACCGGAAGCUCGGGGCCUGGCGGAAAACUUUGACCCAUUGUGCCGCUUGAUUAUUCGUGGGGACUAUUUGGCGUUUCGCGAGCACUUAGCAGUCAAAUCUCCGAGUGCUCGGUGGUUCGCGCGCAAAGGUCUCCUGCUCACACUGCGCAACAGAUGCGAAAUUCUCGUAUGGCGCUCCUUUUGCCGCAAGGUAUUCAUACAUGGGGGAUAUCUUGGGGAUCCGCAAGCGCAGGCGCAGCGUGGUCCCCCGCCAUUCCUAUAUCUUCAAAAAUUGCUCGAUGCCACCCGCUGGCUGCAACAACAACACAACAUACAAACCGUAAAUGGGAACAGCAACGGCCAUACCGGAGCAGACUCCUACGAGUAUGGUUCCCAGACCAUUCGGCACACGACAGACCCAGAAUACUCCGGCCUUGCUGAUCCGGAUGCCGUGACGGCCCCGGACACCGACCAUGAAAUCCUUGAAAAGUACGGCGAUUAUCUAGCAUCAGAUGGGUACUUCGAUGAGGGAGGCAACUGGCAAGAUAACACUCCUGGGAAUCUGAUCGACGGUAAUCCCGAGACGGAUUACGAAGGCUGUGAAUUUGAUCCAUAUGCCGAUUCGGGCUACGGGGAUGAAGAAGAUCAAUCGUCCCUGCUCAUGCGGGAGAUUGAGUCUAUCCUUGCGUCAUUAUUGACCCAAGGACUCAUGCGUGGCUAUCUUACCCACCGGAAUCCCCGAUUUGCCAUUCCCGGUGCUCGUGUACGCGGUGCCCUUCCGACUGGAUUCCCUAAUGUUUGGCAUACCAUCUCUACGCGCGAGAAGGAAGAUCCUCACGUUCCUGGAUGGGUGCGGAUCCGGGAACCGACCAGAUUAGGCGCUGCUGCUGCGCUGGGAGGAGGUGGUCGAGUGGUCAACUUGGCUGGGGCGCGGCCGGUGGGAGCCCAAUAA